UCCAGCACCUAAUCUUGUGCUUUAUCAGCUCUCUACAAGCAUCAUGCGGUUAUUUAUUGUGUUCUUCGUUGUGGGCUUUGCCGUCUGCCAAGCCCAGGCGCCUCUGAGCUCCUUGCUGCAGAAGAAGCAAGCCCAAGCCCAAAAGCCCCUUUCUCCAGCCCCAGUUACCGAGGCUCAGCCAAAUAAAAAGCUUACUGAUGCUACUAAACCUACACAGAAUGGAAACCAAAAUAAUCCUCAACCUGUACCUGUCUUGCCAUUGGCUGCCGGAAAAGGCGCUAAAAUACCAUCGGCCAAUCAAAAAUCUCAACAAAAACCUCAGGAAUCUCAGGUAAACAAACAAGGAUCCUUGCCUAACAAGCAAGGUUCUGGUACGCCUUUAUCCGCAACAAACAAUAAACAAGUCCCCCAAAAAGCAGAUCAAGAGCAAGAGGAACAGCAAGCCGCUGCAUCUAUUCAACACUUCAGCGUCGUUGAGGCUGAUCUGGAUGCCGCUGCUACAGGUUUCGGAGGUCACGGUUUUGGUUUCGGCCACGGCGGUCUCCACGGCCACGGAGGCCACCACGGUCAUCACCACGGUGAUCACCACAGCAGUCACCAUCAUGGCCACGGCCACAAAGGCCACCACGGCCACCACGACAAUCACGGCCAUCACGGCCACAGCCAAGGAAGCUUCGGCAAACACCACAACGCUGGAUUCCACGAUAAAGGCGGUAAGGACUUCGGAGGACAUCACCACAACGCUCACCACCACGGCCAUCACAACGCUGGACAGCAAGGCCACAAAGGCCAUCAUCACGGAUCUAAAGGACACCAUAACAAAGGACACAAGAAUAAUGGCUUCAAAAACGUCUACCACAAGGAAGAGUUUGGCCAGAACAAGAAGUUCUAUGACGAGAGCGACCACAAAUCUUUCCACAGCGACCACGAUGGCUUCGACGCCUUCUUCAAAGGCCACAAGGGCGGCAGCUUUGAUGGCGGAAGCUUUAAGGGCGGCAAGCACCACUCAGCACAUGGCGACAAAGGCCACCACGCUCAUGGCCAUCACCACAACGACCAUAAAGGCCACAAAGGCUCCUUUGGUGACCAUGGCCAUCACGGAUUCGAUGAGAGUUUUGGACACAAAGGCGGACAUCACUCUGGCCAUCACGGUGGCUUUGAUGAUCACCAUGAUAUAUAUUAACUUUAUUAUUGAUAUAACGACGAACUCAAACCCGAAUGACAGGAAAUUCACUCCGCUAUGUUCAUCACAA